AUGGGGAAGCAGAAUAGCAAGCUGCGUCCGGAGAUGCUCCAAGAUCUCCGGGAGAACACGGAAUUCUCUGACCUGGAGCUUCAAGAGUGGUACAAGGGCUUCCUCAAGGACUGUCCCACUGGCAUACUCAACGUAGAGGAGUUCAAGAAGAUCUAUGCCAACUUCUUCCCUUACGGUGAUGCUUCCAAGUUUGCCGAGCACGUCUUCCGCACCUUUGACACCAACGGCGAUGGCACCAUUGACUUCCGAGAGUUCAUCAUUGCCCUGAGCGUCACCUCACGGGGGAAGCUGGAGCAGAAGCUGAUGUGGGCCUUCAGCAUGUACGAUCUGGAUGGGAAUGGCUAUAUCAGCAGGGAAGAGAUGCUGGAAAUCGUGCAGGCCAUCUAUAAAAUGGUCUCUUCAGUGAUGAAGAUGCCAGAGGAUGAGUCAACUCCCGAGAAGCGGACAGAAAAAAUCUUCCGGCAGAUGGAUACCAAUAACGACGGCAAACUUUCUCUGGAAGAGUUCAUCAAAGGUGCUAAGAGUGACCCGUCCAUCGUGAGGCUGCUGCAGUGUGACCCCAGCAGCGCCUCACAGUUCUGAGCGCCUCCCUCUCCACACAGAAAACCGCGGUGAGGUGGCCUCCCAAAGGGGCAGCACCGCUUCACGGAGCUCACGGCCUUCCCCGCUCCAAGGAGGUGGCCAACUUCCCACCAUCCCCUGGGAGAAAUGGACACACUCCCCGCCAGUCAGCACUGCCAGUAUCUUUAUUUCUUCUGACUCUCAGUUUUCUGCUCUUCCCUCCCCCCCAGCACUGUAGUUGUGUGAGACUGCUGCACCGUUUCAGGUUAAUGGCGGCGCGCCGGUGGCAAAAGCGGAGCAGAUGGACUGGUCCGUUUUUUUCUUGAGUUGGUGAUGUGUUUGCUUUUGCAAAAACGUUCCUUCGUCCUGCAGCCGCUUCUGGUGUGGUGCACACCACUUGUUUGUAGCACACAAUAAUUGUGGCUGCCUGUGACCGUGUGUCUUUGACCACCAGGGCAGAAAUUAAUAUCUAGUGUUCAGUGUGUGAAUGCAACCUCAGGGGGGGAGAGGCAGUGAGCAGGGCCCCCAGUGCUCCGCUGUGCCUAGCUCCAGUUUCCUCCCCCAUGACUAGAGGACUUAACAGUGCAAUCCUAUGCAGAGUUACUCCAAUCUCAGCCUCUUGGUUUCAGUGGGCUUCCAGUGGAGUCAUUUGGCAUAGUAAACUAUGUAAAACAAGCACAAAUAUACACAACGCUAUAGUUUAGGUUGAGGGCUUCUUCUUUUUUUAGUGUAGAGUUAAUAUACUUGGCCCUGCAUCUUUGGUAACUCUGGCAUUAGUGGGGUAUUUCACUGCAGAUGAUUGGCUAGCCGGUGGCUGUGGCCAGAGUAGAAUGGAACUGAUGGGGGCCACUGGACAGGCCAAGGUUUCUUGGGCUGGAAUCAACCUGCUUCUGGGUCACAGCUCCAGCUUCCAGCCUUACCCAAAGCAAAGGGUUCAGGCCUCCAGCAUUUGACAUCACCAGUCCCUCACCCACUACUCAAACUAGACCACAUCCUGCUUUGCCCCAGAGGCAUCUGGCAGAGUUUCCACUUUUCCUCCCUAUUC